AUGUCAAAGGAAGUUAUCUCAAAUCACGUCGAGGAGUUUUCUGGCGAGCCCUCUGUUCCGCCAGCAGACCUAAGCAAAGUCGAGAUCAUCACACUCGAAGAUGACCCUCACCGUGCUGCUCUCGAAGACGACUGUAAGCAGAAACUGCCUGGGAAGACCUGGGCAGCAGUGUUCUUCCCCGGCUUCACAUUCCAGCCUGCGUUGGCUUUUCCUAUCCUCGGUGUCUUUCCAAUCAUCUCGGUGAUCGCCAUGGACGUGCAAGGGACGACGACCAAUUCCGCGUGGAUGUCCUCGGGCUGGACGUUAGGGGGGACGAUUGCCUUCGCGAUUGCUGGAAGAAUCUCGGACAUUUUUGGCCGAAGAUAUGUUCUCCUCAUUGGGCAGUUGAUUCUCAUUGUUUCCUAUAUCAUUGGUGCGACUGCAAACAGCUUAAAUCAACUCAUCGCCGCAAUGGCAGUUGGCGGCUUUGGCACCGGCACUGCCCUUGUGCUAUACCCAGGGUUGUCUGAGAUCCUACCAAACCGAUAUCGGUCCGUCGGCCUUGCCUGGACCGAAUUUAACCUCGUCCCCAUGUCAAUCUUCGGAUCGCUAGCUGGCCACGCACUGGCACAGAAUGCUACCUGGCGCUGGAUAUUCAUCAUUGGUGGCAUCACGGCUGUCAUUUCUCUAGUUGGGACUGCUGUGUUCUACUUCCCACCGCCUCGCCCUCAUGCUGUUGCGCAUAUCUCGCGGGGACAAUUGCUAAAAGAGCUCGACUGGCUUCUUCCUUUACACUGUUGGCCUCACGAUACUCCUGGUCGGGCUUUACCAAGGGGGGAAUACGCGCAUAUGACACUCAGCCGGCGUUGUAGCACCUAUCGUGUUUGGCGGAAUCGCUUUCGUUGGCUGCUUCAUUUGGGAAUUCAGUGGAGUGGCCAAGCGCCCUUUGUUCCCAUUUUACAUGUUCAAGAAGGGUCGAGAGUUUACCUCUCUAAUUGUGUUGGUCGACCAAUUGCCAAAAUCGGGACUCAUUGCUCACUUGAUUGCAGGUGUAUCUUCGUCACUGGCUUUUGUUACUAUGCCAUGACAAGUCUAAUCCCCCAACAACUUUUGCACGUGUACUCCACAAACAAGAUCAAGCUGGGCGAGCUACAGAUGGCAGCAGGUGCUGGCAACGUUUUUGGCGGUGUCGUGAUGGGAGCUCUCGUGCACAAAUUCAAGCACGUCCACAUUCAGCUGAUGAUCGCCGUCGCCAUGCAGAUGCUCUUUCUCGGCCUCUCAGCGCUCGACACGCCUAAGACGAUCGCCAUGACGCUGGCCUUCCAUUUCUUUGCGACUGUACCUUUUGCCUGGGUCACAGUCGCGUGCUACGUCACGGCUAGUCUCCAUAUCCCUCAGAAAGGUCUGGGUAUCGCACAAGGCUCCAUUGGGACUUUUCGUUUCCUCGGCGGCGCCAUCGGAAGUACCGCCUUGAACAUCAUCAUCAAUGAGAAAUCAGCAGAGAAGCUUUCUGGUUAUAUCGCUAAAGCAGUGCUACCUCUCGGUCUCCCGCAAGCCAAGUUACAGGCGUUUUCCGCAGCUUUGGCAGCAGGCAAGCCAUUAGCUGUCAAAGGCGUGACUCCAGCGAUGGCUGCAGCUGGCUUGGCAGCUUCGCGAGAGGCUUGGGCGUAUGCAUUUCGCAUUGCUUUCUUGGCUACGAUUCCCUUUGGAGUGAUCGCGACAAUUGUCGCCUAUUUUGUCGCCGAUCCGUCGAAGUAUUUCACGCAGCAUGUAGCGAUCCAUCUCGAGACCGAUAAGGUCGAUGAGCACGGUCAUUCUGAGCACGCUUGA